GGUCCCGCGAAGACACGUCCACCUAGCGCCGUUUUACCAUGUGAUCAAUGUUUACAUCCUCUCAGCUGUUCCUGGAGAAAACACAAGGAUAGUCGUUGUAUCCACAAAAGUACUCUGGUGUAUUUUAGUACUUUACCAAAUGCCGACAUUUAUAACUCUGCUCAAGAUUUAUCAAUGGGGAAAGAUAUGAUGAUGAUCUGAAGUGACUGGAAGGUAUAAAUCAUCUUUCCUAUGCCAGAAGUGUGAACCCUUUGCUCCUGCAUGUGAAGAGGGGUGUGGCCUGUGGCCUAGUUGCACCUCCACUUGGCCUUGCUUUUUUUCCCCUCCCUUUUUGUUUUCCUUUCUUUUCUGUUCUGGGGACAAGGGGACCAUGGGCGGAGCUGUGAGCGCAGGGGAAGACAAUGACGAUUUGAUUGACAACCUGAAGGAGGCGCAGUAUAUUCGCACAAGCACAGUUGAGCAGGUUUUCAGGGCAAUAGAUCGUGGAGACUACUACUUAGAGGGCUACAGGGACAAUGCUUACAAAGACUUGGCCUGGAAGCAUGGGAAUAUCCACCUUUCGGCCCCUUGCAUCUAUUCUGAGGUCAUGGAGGCAUUGAAUCUCCAGCAAGGACUGUCUUUCCUCAACCUGGGCAGUGGCACAGGUUACCUGAGCACAAUGGUGGGCCUGAUAAUCGGUCCUUUUGGGGUCAACCAUGGUGUGGAGCUCCACAAGGAUGUGGUGGAAUAUGCAACAGAAAGACUUGAGGACUUCAUUAAAAACAGUGACAGCUUUGACAAAUUUGAGUUCUGUGAACCCCAUUUUGUAGUGGGGAACUGUUUAGAGAUCUCAUCAGACUGUCAACAGUACGAUCGCAUCUACUGUGGUGCAGGCGUUCAGAAAGACCAUGAGAACUAUAUGAAGAUCAUGUUGAAUGUGGGAGGCAUUCUUGUCAUGCCUAUUGAAGACCAGUUGACUCAGAUAACCCGAACUGGCCAGAGCUCAUGGGAGAGUAAAAACAUCCUGGCAGUGUCCUUCGCACCUCUGGUCCAGCAGAGCCGAUCUGACUGUAGCAAGCCUGAAGGGGUGGUGCUGCCUCCAGUGACUGCGAGGAGUCUGCAGGACCUGGCGCGUAUCUACAUUCGCCGCACGCUGCGGUGCCUGGCCGACGAGGAGAGCCCGGCCAGAGGCCCCACCCAUCGGGUGGCGCAGAAACGCAAGCGUCGGCGCUGCCGUCGACAUCACCGCGUCAGCACCUAUGUGUUCAUGGGCAACCAACUGAUCCCGCAGGCCAUGGAGAGCGAGGAGGACGAGAGCAAGGAGGACGAGAGCAAGGAUGAGGAGCAGGAAAAAUACAGUGUGGAGCCCUCCAAGCCCGAGGAGCCACAGGUUAAUCUGCUGAGAGACAAGAUCCUGAGCCUGCCCCUGCCUGAGGCUCUGAAGACCUUCCUAUUGUACUACCGUGAGAAAUAGUGAUGUGUCCAGGGUACCUGGCUGGCUUUGAGGGCAUUUUCACUGCGGGUCUCUUCUAGGGCAACUUUUCCCUUUCUUUAAUAAUGUAGCAUAAUUUAAGAUUUUUCAGAAUGGCAAAUCUGAAUCUGGAAUCUAUAUCACUAUACUUUCCAGUAUACUGUUCUAAUGGUUUAUAAUCCUGACUUUGAAUCUGAUAUUGGAAAUCUUUUUAGCACUGAGGACCUAAGGGGGCUCUCCAGAACAUUUCUAGUUCUCUAUGUUUAUACUCAGAGUUUGCUAAAUUUGCUAAGAUAUCCCUUAAAUAUUAUAACAGAAGCUUUGAUGUUCCCUCUAACCCACUAUAGAGAAUUUUGUCUUUUGAUCAAAUCUGAGUAGCAGUUUUUCCAUCAUCAGUGUGUUGGGGAUGGAUAUUUACUUUUUGAGAAUCUGAACCUGGGUAUGUUUCUACGUUUUUGUGAUGUUUGUCAGUGCUGUGGAUGCCUCACUCUGGAUCUGUUUGGUAAAGUUUCAUUCUGCACCUUGUUCUCUGGAUGCACAACCCUGUGUAUGAGGGGUUUUUUUUUUUUUUUUUUUUUUUAAACACUUUGUAAUGCUUUGUACCUCAUGGCUGGUCAGCCUCAGAGGUAUAUUAUGAAGCUGGCUUCAUGACUUAAGACAAUCUUAAUUAAGGUAGCCCUCAACUGAGAUGACACAUGACUUCUAGAACUUUAGAGCUGUGUGCUAGAUUGAGUUAAGCCACUGACUAAAUUGCACUGAUGGCAAUUUUUCCUUUGGUAACACAUUUUAGUCUACACUUAAUCUGUGUCCAAAAACAUCUGUUUGGGCUCAUCACAACUCUGGCUAACUGUGUGUAAUGACUUUCCAUUCCUUCUCUCCCCUUUGUUAUUUCCCUCCUAAGGCUUUCUUGCAGCUCUCAGUCAUGCUUGCUGUGUUAAAGUAGAAAGUCAUGAUUUGUUGUCAUGUGUGUUACAGUGUACAUUAAGUACAGAGUUUGAAAAUUAACGUGUCUGACUUAUUUGGGGAAAAAUAAUAUCCCUACAUCUGUCUCAUUAUCUCUCUAGGUCUGUCCCCCUGCCCCCCCCAAUCAUAGGCAGAGUGUAACAUAGCAGCAAAUGACCGCUUAUAACAGUUGGCCUUUCAGUUGAGAAAAUGUCUUUCACAUGUGAAAACUCUGUACAACUUGUGUACCUGUACAUACACUGUCAUAAAAUUUGUAGUUUUUAAUCACAAUCGUUGGGUUGAGGCUUCUUGGUGUUCUUUUGGUAACAAAUAAUUUAGGAGCACUGAACAUAAAUAUAUUCUUGGAGACACAUUCUAUGUAGGUACAGUGUAUAUCAUUCACUUCUUGACUGAUGCAGCACUGGUGAGGAAUGUUUUUAUUGUUCUACACACACACACACACGUACGUACGUAUGUAUAUGUGGCCAAGGUGUCAUUAUGUCUUCUCCCCAGCAUUACACAAGGAUAUCUCUUCAGGGUAAAGGUCUGUUACCUGCUGUACAAAUGUACAGAAUCACACAACUAGACUUUGACAACUUUGGAAGCUCUGAGCCUUGUAAAGUUACAUUGCUUAAAGUUCGUUUACCACAUCUGACUGUUCUUCAUAUGCCGCUGUCUUCACUGUCGAUAAAAGGGACGCUAGCUGUGUAUACAUACUCAACUCACAGAAUACAGCAUACAUGCAGGCAGAGACCAUUAAUUCUGAUGGUUUCUAAAUUCACAUUUAACCCUACUAUUACCUUACAUAAUUGAAAUGUGUUGUUUAGCAAAAUAGUUUAGUAUAACCUCUUCAUAAUACCUCAAAUAGUGGCUGGAAUUCUUAACUUCUUCAUAGCAUUAUGACAGAAAACCUCUCCAAACAGGCAAUACUGAUUAUGUAGUCCAGAAUAUCUAAGAAUUAACAAUUAUCCUGAAAUACACUAAUAAAAUCUAGAGGAAAACUUUGAUCUGAUGUGCUAUUAUUCUAGAAUAUGGUUCUGGUUCAGCUGGUUUGUUGGUGUUCAGGUGUGUUGAGAGAAAUCUCUGGCUCGUCUAGUGUGUUUGGAGCCACUGGCCUGGGAGGACCACUGAGUCUGCACUCUAUGAAACUUCUGCUGGCUAUCUGUUAGGACAAGUCUUCAUAAUCCACUUAUCAAAAUAAUUUUUUAAAGCAUUUUCUAAACUGUAAUAAUCUUUAAAGGUAUGGAAUGGGUUGUUUGUGGGACUGUUUUUUUUUUUGUUUUUGUUUCCCCCCCCCCAUACUUGAACUUCAUUUAGAAGAGGUUACUUUUUGCUAAAGUGUGGUUUCACCAGCUUUUCAGAUUUCACCACAAUGUAAGCACAGUGCUGAUGGCUUUGAGAGUCCUUGGGCUGCAUCCAACACAAAUUAAAGAGAAGCAGUUGAGAAAUGCACUUUUCAGGCACUAUGAUAUAAUUCUAGUUGUACUGUUUUUUUUUUAAUGGUGCCAUUUAAUUGUCUAGUUUCACAACACUCCACAAUGAUUUGAGUUGUACUCUUUAACACCUUAGUUAUGUUACUUACAGUGGGUGUUUGGUUAGGCAAGCCAUCUAUUUGGAGAGAAAUCAGAUUUGUCUUGAUGUUUAAAUGUAAUCACAGUCUUUAAAGAAGUAAAGGCCAUUUAACGUUUAAACAACCAUUUUACUUGCCACUAAGCUCAUUAGAGAAUUUCAGCCAGCACUCCAGGACAAAAAAUGAGUCAGUGGUCGCAUGACUUUUGACAGUACAAUUGUGACUAAGAAAUGGACAAAUGAGUCUAUGUACUUAGUUUCAAACUUCUGCAGACACAUUUCCCUCCCAACAUGUGUACUCACUUUACAGAAUUACAAAACCAAUACUUCUCCCCUAACUUGCGAUACAGAGUACUGGUCGAUUUGCUCCAAACUUCUUUUGCUACAAAAAUCAAAGAUUGUGUAUUAUGUGUGGAAACCUUUAUUCGGUCACAAGGUAAGAAAAUUGAUUGUAUCUAGUGGGCUUUACCUAUACAGUUUCAGGAUUUGGCGUGCUAUAAAAGUCCUCUCAGAAUUUCAGAUUUCCUAUGGAUGGUCUCUUUUAAAGCUGUGUAUAUGUGUGAUUUUUUAAAAAUGCAUAACUGACUAAUUUGACGCUCUAUUCGCAACUUUUCAUUAAACACUCCCAGCACUCUCA